AUGUCCAUUCCAGUGACCCAGCAAGUGCAGAAUUCAGCUCCUGCGACUAUGUCUCAACAGUCGUAUUUUCCACCCAAUGUUGGCCAGCAGAAUGUUCAGCCACAUCCUACCAUUCCUCAAAGACCACCUCAGGUUUUUCCUGUAGCAGGUGGGGGAAGGGGUGGAAGACCUAUCUAUAGGAAACCAUACCCUGAGUUCAUAGAUAAUGUUGAAUAUCCAAGGAAUUUUAGAAUUCCUGAAUUUGCCACUUUCAGUGGCGAAGGCAACCAAUCCACCGUAAAACACAUAAGCCGAUUCACAGUUCAAUGUGGUGAGGCAGGAGGCAAUCAAUGGUUAAAAUUCCGGUUGUUUCGUAAUACUUUAACCAGAUAUGCCUUUAGAUGGUACCCUAAUUUACCUGUAAAUUCCAUUAAUAGUUGGCAUCAGUUUAAAGAAAUGUUCCAUUCACAUUUCUAUCGAACUGAGCCAGAAGUUUCCAUGGCUGAUCUUUCUAGGCUUAACCAGUUGCCAGGAGAAUCCAUAGAAACCUUCCUAUCCAGAUUCAGAAAGGCAAAGCAUAAGUGUCAUGUAGAUCUUCCCGAAGUCGAGUAUGUUAGAAUGGCUGUCAAUGGUCUAGACUUUGAAUUGCACAAGAAAUUUGAAGGGGUAGAGUUUCGUGAUCUCUUUGACUUGGCGAGUAGAGUUGCCAAGUAUGAAGGAUUACUUCAUGAGGAAAAGGAUAGAAAAGCUUCCUCAAAAGGAACGUAUUAUCGCGACCCAAAUUAUGAAGUCUUUGCUGCUAACCUUGAUAGCGAUGUUAAGGUCCAUAUGGCAGAGUUAAACAUAAAAAAGCCAUAUAUUUGUGAGGCACUUGUAAAGUUAAAAUCUGUAGCUACGACUAGUGCCCAAGCCGCUUCUAUUUCAAAUAAGAAAGGGAUACUUGAUUCCACCAAAGGAUAUUCCUUUGACAUUACCAAGGCUGAGCAAAUAUUCGACUUACUGAUGGCUGACAAGCAGCUAAUUCUAACUCCUGCGCAUAAACUCCCAACUCCUAAUGAUUUACUUGGAAAAGAAUAUUGUAAGUAUCAUAAUUUUUGGAGACAUUCAACUAAUAAUUGUGUUAUUUUUCGUUAUAUUGUGCAAAAAGCAAUUAAGGAGGGGAAGAUGAAGUUUCUAGAGAAAAGUGAAGCAAUGGGAAUAGAUGGGAAUCCCUUUCGAGUAAUAGUCACUACUAAUAUAAUUAAUAUCACUGCUGACCAUCCCAGAAAGAAGGUGGACUUAAAGGAAGGAGGCUAA